AUGUUACGUCUAUCGGCGACGCUGUUGCUCAGCUGCUUAGCUCUGAGCUAUGCUGAAUAUUACUCAUCCGUGGAUAUAGCACAGGAAUUGGGAGAGGUCGAGCAGCAGCUUGUGACUGCCACACGUCAAUACGUGCAACAGCAACAAGCGCAGCUUAAUUUGUACAACAAUUUCUUGCAGCAGGUGAAGCUAGAACAUGCCUUGGCGAAGGAACAAGAGGAGGAGGAAUAUUUGGCGCAGCCAGUGCAGGCAUUUCAGCUGAUCAAGCGUUUAGUAGUAGACUGGGAGGAAAUACAGGAGAUGCUAAACACAGAUGCAGCCGCUGAAACUUACAGCGAAGCAGUGGAGCAGCUGCAAGAGCAGUUGCCCCAGCUGGACGAUCUGCAGGGCACUAUCAAAGGCUUGGCGCGACUGCAGCGGAUUUAUAAUCUAACUGCCAGCGAUUUGGCUGAUGGUUUGCUAAAUGGCGAGCAAACCAAUGCGGUGCUGCUGUGGCGCGAUUGCUUCGAAAUUGGCGUGCAGCUCUAUGAGCUGGCUGACUAUAAGCAGUGCUUGGAAUGGCUGCAAGUGGCAGCUAAGCUACUAAACGAACUGGAGAGUGAGCAGCUGUCUGAGCAGCUGGCAGAGAUCUACGAGUACAUGGCAUUGGCGCACUUUGAGCUUGGAGCUGAUGAGCAAGCGCAGCAGAUCUUGAGCGUGCUGCUUGUCUUGGAGCCCACGCAUAUAGCACAGCAUACAGCCACGUAUCUGAAGCAUCGCGCAGCCAAGUGUCCCAAGCCGCAGGCAGAGAAGCCUUGGUAUGCCAACUAUACGCUGCUCUGCCAGGGCAAGCGGCCCAUGGGCGUCGUAUUCAAUGAGAGCGCACUCAGCUGUUAUUUAGACUUUCAAAGACACGCCGUGUUCACUUUGGCGCCACUCAAAGUGGAGCAGCUGCAUCUCAAUCCAGCCAUCGAUAUGUAUCAUGGCCUGCUCAAUGAUGCGCAGCUGGAUGCAGUGCAACUAGAGGCAGCCAAGCUGGAAAGCGCACGUUCCACUAUCUCUGGCGGUCGUAAGGAUGAUCAUCGCAUUAGCCAGCAGGUUUGGCUGGAGUACAACAGUCCCAUUAUGCGUUCGUUGAAGCAGCUGGUGGGUGCCAUAUCUGGCUAUGAUAUGGCUAAUGCCGACAUCAUGCAGAUGGCCAAUUAUGGCAUUGGCGGCCAAUAUGCGCCGCACUUUGAUUUUCUAAACAAACUGCCGCCUGGCUAUGAAACGCGUGGCAAUCGCAUCUCCACCAACAUGUUCUAUCUCUCCGAUGUGCCGCAAGGCGGCUAUACAGUCUUUCUCGGAUUGCAUGUUUAUGUGAAGCCUGUGAAGGGCGCCUUGGUCGUUUGGCAUAAUAAGCAUCGCUCCUUGGGGAAUGACUGGCGCACUCAGCAUGCGGGCUGUCCAGUUCUACAGGGCUCAAAACGCAGCUAUUGGUUCAUAAGCUAA